UAAUAUUUUUUUAAGGUUAAAAAUAUCAUUUUGAAUUCUAAAGUUUGUUCAAAUUGGAAAAAUUAAGAGUAAGGAAGCUGAGAAUCACUUGUGCAGUUUUGUAGCUCAUCACUAUGAAAUGGAUGCAUUGUGUUGGAAUCAUCCAGCAAUAUCUCUGAAACCCACCCAAAGUUCUGAGAAUCAUGCUUUCCUUACACCCAAAUCUUCUUCCUUGCUUUUUCACUGCCGAGCGGUGAUGAACAGUUCAAAUCCAGAAUCAAAACCAUCGCCACUGAAAAUCCAGAAUCGUAUGUUUAUUCUAGGGAUGGGUUUCGUCGGACAGUUCUUUGCGCAAGAAUUGAAGUACUCAGGAUGGGCUGUUUCUGGGACUUGUAGAAACCUUGGGCAGAAGAUGCAAUUGGAGGGAAGGGGUUUUGAUGUUUAUGUUUUUGAUGCAAAUGAUCCAGUACAGGACACUCUAAAAGCAAUGAAGUAUCAUACUCACCUUCUCAUUUCUAUUCCACCAGAUGUGGAUGUUGGCGAUCCUCUCCUCCAUCAUGAAAAGCUAUUAAGGACUACUUUACAGGGUGGAGAUCUUCGAUGGCUUUGCUAUUUGUCAUCGACAAGUGUUUAUGGAGAUUAUGGAGGUGCUUGGGUAGAUGAAGAUAACCCGACGAACCCCUUAAGUCAGUCAGGCAAGUUGAGAAUUGAAGCAGAGGAGAGAUGGAUAAAUUUGGGUAAUGAUCUUGGCCUCUCAACUCAAGUAUUUCGCCUUGGAGGUAUCUAUGGACCAGGACAUUGGUUCAAUCACAGUGCUAUUGACACAAUAAUCAAGCAGAGAUCCUUAUCCGAGCGUCAACAACGUAGAGCACGUAGACAAUUCACAUCCCGAGUUCAUGUUCAGGACAUCUGCCAAGCUCUUAAAGCCUGCAUUCAAAGGCCUUCUUCCAGGAGAUUUUACAACAUAGUUGAUGACGAUCCAGCUCCAAGGGAAGAAGUUUUCUCAUAUGCUCGAGAUUUGGUCGAGAAAAAGUGGCCUGGGAAAUUCGACACAUUGUCGAAGGUGGUAGAGGAAAGCGAUAUCACCAAUGGGCGUGGAAGGGGUGAUAAAAGAGUGUGUAAUGCACGUAUGAAAAGAGAGCUGGGAGUGAGUCUUGUGUAUCCCACUUAUAAAUCAGGAUUGCAAAGCAUACUUGACCAAAUGGGAGACGAGGAACCAUUGUGAAGGGAGUGGGAGACCUUCAUAUUUGUAGAUGAUAAAUGAACCUUUUUGUGUUAAAAAUUGUGCGCAAAAGAUUGAAUACUCGAACUUUAGGAUGAUUAUUAAUGCUUUUAGCAAUAACAAUUGAGUUAUGCUUGGAUUUA